AUGGGUUCUACAAGCCAAGAAGCAGAGACGCCAACGCCACCAAAUGGUCGAACGUGGCGUCAAUAUUUCCCCAAAGGUGAUUUAUGGGUAUUUGGUUAUGGGAGCCUAAUUUGGAAGCCUCCACCACACUAUGACCAGCGCGUACCAGGCUAUAUCGAAGGCUACGUCCGGCGCUUCUGGCAAGCCAGCACAGACCACAGAGGUACCGCCGAGCAGCCCGGUCGUGUGGUGACGGUGAUCGAGCGAGGUUUCUGGGAAACAUUAGACGACGCACACGCACCCCUCGAGCCAGCCUCCACGAACCGCGUCUGGGGCGCCGCAUACCACAUUCCGUCUUCGCACGCUGAAGAGGUCCACGACUAUCUCGACGUCCGCGAGAUAGACGGCUACAGUGUGCACUAUACGCCGUUCCACCCCUUCAGCCCGACCUCGCCAGCAUCCGAGACAACAUCAGACCCCGCGUCUGCAUCUGCAUCAGGCCCGAUAACCUGCAUGGUGUAUAUUGGACAGCCGAGCAACCCGCAAUUUCUGCGUGACUCGGCGCGCCGCGAGCCGCAGGAUGUAGCGGAGGUUAUUAGUCGGGGCCAUGGGCAGAGUGGGAAGAAUACAGAGUAUUUGUACUUGUUAGAGAAGGCGCUUGAGGGGAUUGGGUUGGGGAGCGCUGAUGGGCAUGUUACGGAUCUUGUGAGGAGGGUUAGAGAUAUUGAAGGGAGUGGAGAGGCGAGGAGAGAGGAAGAGAAGGCUGAGAGGGAUGUGAGGUUGUCUUUGAGCGAGGGUGCGAAGGGAGAGGAGGUUGAUUUGUUAGAGUAG